AUGACAGUUACUAAGCCGCAAAUGUAUCAUUCCCUCCACUACACUCAAACAAAACGGGAUCCACGGCCUGUUGAGGAAUACUUUCUCUCCUUAAUCAAGCAACAAGACUGUUUUGAUUCAUCAGAGCUACAAGAUGUCUUCGAUCAUCUACCAGGGGUACAGCCGGACGUUCUGCUCGGUGAAUGGGAGGCUCACAUACUCCGAAGUGGACACCCUUCAGAUUCGGUAGCAGAGAAAUUGCUACCUCUGAUCAAGGUUGUCCACUCCAGAACAUCCGUGACAAAGUAUUCACUGGAUGGUAAAAUAAGGAAGUCUCUUCCAGAUUGGGGUGAUAUGUUUCUAUCUGAAAUUACCUAUCGCGGUGUUAGCUCUGCGGCUCUGAUAUAUGAUGAUCAUCCACGGGUAGACUACCUUCGCUAUGUCAAUGAACACACCAUUGCCGGUGCUCACUGGUCCAAAAAGGAAGAUGAAGCCGGAGUGGUAUAUUUCUAUCUUAGCAAGCAUUAA